AUGACACGAGUCAGAUCUCGGUCACCCCCCAGAUCCAAGGCGCUUUCCCCGCCAAGAUAUGCAGACUCUAAAGAGUCCCUCCUGUUACAGCACCCUGAAGAGAGCAGCGAUGACCACUCGAGCGACCAGGAAGAUGGAAAAGACGGUUUUACGAUCCAAAAUCGUAGAAUAAGAAAAAAGAAAAAGAAGUCAAAAGGCAAGGACUCCACGCAGAACGUCGAGACCACCGAGAACGUCACCGAAGCCACCCAGGAAGUCGAGGAUUCCCAGAACAUCGAGGCCACCCAGGAAGUCGAGGACAUGGACGAAGACGUCCCAGGCGCCGAAGGCGGGGGCACUACCAAACGUCAGCGGGUUGAAGAGGAUGCCGCCAGCGAAGACGAGCUGACAAAGGCCAACGCAGAAAUCAACCGACUCAGAACCCUGAUGAAAGAAUUUGCAGCAAACGUUGAUGCAAAUAACAAGAAAUACGAAGAGGUGAUCGCACAACAGAAGGCAGAGAUCAAAGAGCUGAAUACGGAGAUUCGACGAAUGAGCGAAAAGAUGGAUGCCAGAUUCGACGAGUUGAUAGCUCUCCAGAAACAACUCGCAAAGAAAUCGGAGAAGAAAAACCCCGAAAAGACGGACAAAAAGCCACCAGGAUCUCAACCCGAAAAAGCCAAAUUAUAUGUACCUGAAACUUGCCCAAUAAACGGGCAUAUUUUAAAACAGGUCAAUAAAUUUAAGUUCCUGGGAUCUUGGAUCGAUAACAGCCUAAAUCCGAAUCUAGAAAUAAGAUUUUGA